CCAGCGUUACUUUUACAAUCUUUACUUUGCGAAGAAAAAAGAUGGAUAUACACAGCGCCCUCCGGGUUACCUGUGCUAUUGCGAUCGCAUAGUCUUAUGGGAUAAUAUCGGCUCCUUCGCGCCAUUUUUUUGAUUACGAGAAAGCAUUAAGAGCCGCAAGAAGACCAUUUGAACAGCGCUUGCUACUAGAUUUCACACACCGCGAAACCAAGAGUCUACGUACUUGCUGUACUUGGUCUAGUCUUGAGGAGAAAACUCAAAGAUGGAUGAGGAAAAAGUGAAGGCGUUUUUGGUGAAGACGAUCAAAGGAUGCAACGACCCUGAGUCCCUAACAGCCAAGAUGCUUCGUAACAAGUAUUUGGAGCAACAUGACAUGAAGAGUUUAGAUUCUAAAGAAAACAAGAGAUUCAAAAUGCUGGCGGCCGAUGUAUUUGUUGGUCUUAUGGAGAACCAGGAAAAACAUGCAUCUCCAGAUGAGAAAGAUGAAAUUGAGAAUGCUGAUGAAAUAGAGGAAUCAGAAAAAGAAUCAGAAUCAGAAGGUCCAGCUAGUGAUUCUGAGCAACAGGAAAAUCUGACAAAAAUGCCUGAUAGAGAAGCAAUUGAGUCUGAUUCAUCAGAAAGUCUUACUCCUGUGAGAAAAAGACAACCCCAAAAAAGAAAAAAGGUUCAGUCGAAAACAAAUAAUAAAUCAGAUAAUGAGGAGGAAGAUGAGAGGCAAGAAAAGAAAAUAAGAAAACAAAAACAAGAAAAGAGAAAAAGGAAAACAGUUAAGGCUGAUUUUAAUUCAUCUGAAGAAGAAGUGAGCAGUCAAAAAACAAAGGCAUCUUCUAGAAAGGACCAGAAGAAAAUGAAUAAACAGAUGGCAAAUAAAGGAGAAGGUGCAAAGAGUAAAAAGAAAACUAUUGAAUCAAAUUCUUCUGAUGAGGAGGGAGGUCAGGUUGCAGAGCUAAGAAAGGGUGCAUCAGAACAGUUUUCUAAGAAAAGUGAAGAGAGUGACCAAUCAGAUGAUUCUGGGAUUGUGAAUGAAUCCAUCAAACAGAAAGCUAAAGUCAAGAAGGAUGAAAAGGAUAGCAAUGAUGAAGCUGAAGAUGACAGUGAUGAUGACAAUUCUGAAGACGAUCAACCCUUAGACAACAAACCAGAAUCUCAGGAGGAGAAAGCUGGCCAUCAUGAUAAAAAGAUGAAGCAGAAAAAGUCCAUAAGACCUGAGGAAAGCAGUAAGUCUCUAAAAGAGAAAGAAGACAAAGCUCUUGAGCAUUUAAAAAAAUACUGCCGAGCUAGUGGUUUGCGACUCAAGUACGUCAAUGUGCUCAGUGGCUGCAAAAGCAUUAGUGCCAAGAAGAGAAAGCUAGAGGAGAUACUACGUGAAGAGACAGGAAUUACAGGCAGGAUAACUCUGGAGAAGUGUAAGAAGGCGAAAGAGAGUCGAGAAGAGGCUGCAGAACUAGCUGAUUUAGAUACGUCAAACAUCAUCACCUCAAGUUCUGGGCGCAGACCCUCGCGCCGUUGUACCCAGCCCCUCGCGGCUGCCACCACCGGUCCACUCCAGAUCCCCUCACCCCGCACAUACAAGGAGAAGUUGUUUAGUGGGCUGAAGGGGAUCGUGGACAGUGAGGAGAGUGACGAGGAUGACAGGGGAACCAAGGUAACUUCACGGAGGGAGGGUGGCGGAGAGGCAAAGAGGAAGCCGAAAAAGCGCAUAUGUGUGUCCUCAGAUGAAGAUGAUGUAAGUCCAAAAAAGGUGAAAAAGACUAAUAAAAAAGAUGAAAUGAUAAUGAAGAAAGACAGCGAAGAUGAUGAAAGGGGCGAGGAAGAUAAUGAUGACAAUAAUAAUGACGAUGGUGAUGAUAAUUAUAAUGUUGAUGGUGAUGAUAAAAAUGAAAUGGAGGAAGACAACGGUGGGGCAAACGACGGUAAAAGUGAAGAAGAUAGCGAAAAAGAAGUUCCCAUCAAAACUAAACCUGCUAAAAGUAAGAAAGCCUUCAAGUUGAAGUCGGACGAUAGCUCCGAGGACGAAGGGUCAUCUGACGACGGUCCACGUGGAAGUAAGUCAAAAAAGCACAGGAAGCGAUGUGUGUCUGACAGUGACUCUGAACUGGAAGAUAGCCCCGUUGCUCCCAAAAAGAAGAAAAGAAAAUUAUGAAGUUUAUAGCAAUUAUGCGUUUUAACGUCUUAACUUUUAAAUAUUGUUGUCAUGGAUGACAAUUGAAAUUCUGAGAAAACAUUUCUGGGAAUUGCUUGAUUGUCCCGUCUUGUUAGACGAGUAUCUUUAGACGAUGCAUAUAUUUGAUUAACGUAUUUUUAUCAUUUUCUUUUAAAAAAAGGCAUAAGUAUAGACAUAUGUAAAUAUUUUUUUUUUACAUUCUUUAUUCGUGUUAAGAAAUAAUAAACAUUGUAAUAACUAUAA